AUGGGGGGUUGCACAAAUGAUCACAAUUUUGUGACAAAGACUGUUGAUGUUGGACAAACUGUGACACUUUCAUGUAUUCGCCAGUCAACACUUUUGCACCAGGAAACAUUAUUUUGGAUCAGACUUGUUUCUGGAAACCAGUUUGAAUUCUUGGGAGGAACAUUCACCUUUGAUUAUGACAAUGUUAACAAUACGUCUCAUAUUACAGUAAAACAAGAACCUGGAACUUUUAUUAUGCAAAUCAGUAAAACUAAACUAAGUGAUACUGGUUUAUACUACUGCAUAAAAGUCAGACAGCUUGCUAUGACCUUUUUGGAGGGAACAUUUCUGACCAUCAAAGGUCCAGAACCUGAUGUCAUACAAAUGCGAUCUUCUGAUCGCAUUCAUUCAGGAGCCCAAGAGACUCUGCAGUGUUCAGUCCUCUCUAAGUAUGAGAAGAAAACUUGUCCAGAAAAUCCCAGUGUGUACUGGUUCAGAGCUGGAUCAGACAAAUCCCAUUCCAUUCAUGUUCACGGAAACAGUGUUGAUGAAUGUGAGAGCAGCUCUGAAACUCCCUCACAACGUAAAUGUGUCUACAGCUUCUCAAGGAAUGUCAGCUCCUCUGAUCCUGGGCCUUACUACUGUGCUGUGGCCAUAUGUGGACAGAUCAUUUUUGGAAAUGAAUCAAAACUGGACAUUAAAGGCAGUGAUGGUGAUCAGCAAGGUCAGCAGACAGAAGAGGACCUCAUGGUUUAUACUGUACCAACUUUCAACAGAAGGAAAAAUGGCAAAGUAGAGCGAAGGAAUGAAAAAGUAACAGAGGGAGAAACAGUCUACAGUGAUAAGUCAGAGAAUGGAAAUCCUGGUAGCCAUGAAAAGCCAUGA